GGGCUCCAGUCCACAGUACCUCGUCUCCUCCAGGACUCCAGUCCAAAGUACCUCGUCUCCUCCAGGGCUCCAGUCCACAGUACCUCGUCUCUUCCAGGACUCCAGUCCACAGUACCUCGUCUCCUCCAGGGCUCCAGUCCACAGUACCUCGUCUCCUCCAGGACUCCAGUCCACAGUACCUCGUCUCCUCCGAGGCUCCAGUCCACAGUACCUCGUCUCCUCCGGGGCUCCAGUCCACAGUACCUCGUCUCCUCCAGGGCUCCAGUCCACAGUACCUCAGCUCCUCCAGGGCUCCAGUCCACAGUACCUUGUCUCCUCCAGGACUCAGUCCACAGUACCUCGUCUCCUCCAGGACUCCAGUCCACAGUACCUCGUCUCCUCCAGGGCUCCAGUCCACAGUACCUCGUCUCCUCCAGGGCUCCAGUCCACAGUACCUCGUCUCCUCCAGGGCUCCAGUCCACAGUACCUCGUCUCCUCCAGGGCUCCAGUCCACAGUACCUCGUCUCCUCCAGGAUUCCAGUCCACAGUACCUCGUCUCCUCCAGGACUCCAGUCCACAGUACCUCGUCUCCUCCAGGACUCCAGUCCACAGUACCUCGUCUCCUCCAGGACUCCAGUCCACAGUACCUCGUCUCCUCCAGGGCUCCAGUACACAGUACCUCGUCUCCUCCAGGGCUCCAGUCCACAGUACCUCGUCUCCUCCAGGGCUCCAGUCCACAGUACCUCGUCUCCUCCAGGACUCCAAAAAGACAGUAUGGAGAAGAGCCAGUAUGGACCCCCGCAGGACGUGUCUGCCCCCCCCUACCCCGGCCUCCCAGCGGGCUACCAGGGAAGUGGCGGGGGAACAGCCUACUUCCAGGGAGGUCCCCAACCCGGCAUGUACCCACCACCUCUCCAACCCGGCAUGUACCCACCACCUCCCCAACCCGGCACGGGCAUGGCACAACCUACAAACGCCCCCAGUGUAACCCAGGUGGUGGUGAUGCAGCAGCUGCUGCCUAGAGACGUACCCGGCCAGAUGACGUGUCCCCACUGUCAGGUCCCGGUUCUGACAGAGACCACACACACCCCUGGACUGCGCACCUGGGUCCUCUGUGGAGUCCUCGGCGUCUUAAUGUGCUGGCCAUGCUGUUUGAUUCCUUUCUGUGUUGACUCCUGUAAGGACGUAGAACACCGCUGCCCCAACUGCAAGAGAGUGAUCCACAUCCACAAAUGUGAAUAGGCCAAGAUGAGACGCCUGCCACAAAGUGAUCCACAACUAGCCCCGGCCCACAGACACUGCUGCCACAAAGUGAUCCAUACCUUUAUGAAUCCAUUCCAAUACACCACUAGUCUACACUACACCACUAGUCUACACCACUACUCUACACCACACCACUAGUCUACACCACUAGUCUCCACCACUACUCUACACCACUAGUAUACACCACUACUCUACACCACUAGUCUACACCACUACUCUACACCACUAGUCUACACCACUAGUCUACACCACUAGUCUACACCACUAGUCUACACCACUAGUAGGUCAAGAACGCUUUUAGUACCUGAGUAAUGGUGACUCUUAUUUCCAACCAUAACACACACACACAUACAUACUUGUGAAGCAACGUGCUCCUCAUGAAAAUAUAAAUAUCUGUGGUGAGAAGUCACAGUGUAAAGACAAUAGUCUGUCUGUGGCUGAGAUGACUACUGGAAGAUCAGCUUAAUAUUGACUAGUGUCAGUGUGUAACAAUCUAAGGCCACUUCUAGCAGACCUUUUACACUGAUUGUAAUGUAUGUUUUCUUCCAUUCUUUGAAUCUUCAUGUCAGACAGAAAGUAGGAUUCUAUUUGUAUUGACGUUGGUAUCGAUUGGUUGUUGGGUUUUUUAAAGGCACAGUCCACAGUUGAAACAAUAAAAAAGCUAAAUCCCG